GCUUGCGAUCCGCCGUGAUAGAAAAGAAGAACAAACCUGCAUAGGCUAAGCUAGAAAACUUCUGCAUUGUCCCAUUGCAGCUAAUAGUUCAGUAACAAUGUCUUCAGUUCAGCAUCUCAGAGAGUUUAUCAGAGAGAGACUAACUGCUGCUGCUCAAGAAAUCUUCACCGAGGUUGAAAAAACCAUCAUUUGCUACGAGGAAGAGCUCGAUGCUCAGCGCAGAAUGAUGGGGAUCAACUGGAAACCAGAAAUUAAGCUACACAGAAUCGGUUCGGAGCUGCAGAGACAAAGUUCUGACCUCCAACAGCCAAGCAUCUCAAAUGAGGAAGAAGCUCCUGCCAUCCAACAAGUCUGGAGCCUGGCAAGUAGGUCCAGUCAGGACCAGAAAGAAGCAGAACCUCAGUGGACUGAAGAGGAACAGAUGGAACCAGAACCAAAAUGGAUUAAAAAAGAGGAGGAACCAGAACCUGCACUGCUCAAACAUGAGGAAAUAGAAUUUCCACUAACGUAUGUAAAAGAAGAGGAACUAGAAUUUUCAGUGCAUCAUCCUGAACUGCAGCGACCAGAACAUUUACCAACUGGACAGAACCAGAAGAACCUCUGCAGCAGUCAGGAGGGAGAGCAGCUUGUCCAGAAGCAGUUUGUUGCUUUGAUUGAGACUUCUACUCUUCAGGAAGAUGAUAUGAAUGAAGAAGAGAGAAGAACAGAGCAGCUUUCCCCUCAUAUCUCUCCAGUGGUUGAAAGCAAAGAUCAGGAAGGAAGCAGCUCCUCUGAGUCAGAGAGUCAGGCUGGUACCAAUGCAAAGAAAAGAUCUUUCAAAUGUGAGAUUUGUGGGAGAUGUUACACGCAACAGUGGAACUUGAAAAAACAUUACAGAAUUCAUACAGACCUCCAACAGUCAAGUGUCUCCAAUGAGGAGGAAACUUCUGUCAUCCAACAAGUCUGUAGCCUGGCAAGUAGGUCCAGUCAGGACCAGAAAGAAUCAGAACAUCAGUGGACUGAAGAGGAACAGAUGGAACCAGAACCAAAAUGGAUUAAAAAAGAGGAGGAACCAGAACCUGCACUGCUCAAACUUGAGGAAAUAGAAUUUCCACUAAUGUAUGUAAGGGAAGAGGAGGUAGAGUCUUCAGUGCAUCAUCCUGAACUGCAGCGACCAGAACAUUUACCAACUGGACAGAACCAGAAGAACCUCUGCAGCAGUCAGGAGGGAGAGCAGCUUGUCCAGAAGCAGUUUGUUGCUUUGAUUGAGACUUCUACUCUUCAGGAAGAUGAUAUGAAUGAAGAAGAGAGAAGAACAGAGCAGCUUUCCCGUUGUAUCUAUCCAGUGGUUGAAAGCAAAGAUUGGGAAGGAAGCAGCUCCUCUGAGUCAGAGAGUCAGGCUGGUACCAGGACAAAGAAAAGAUUUUUCAAAUGUGACAUUUGUGGGAGAUGUUACAUCCAACAGUGUAACUUGAAAAAACAUGACAGAAUUUAUACAGACCUCCAACAGCCAAGUGUCUCCAAUGAGGAGGAAGCUUCUGUCAUCCAACAAGUCUGUAGCCUGGCAAGUAGGUCCAGUCAGGACCAGAAAGAAUCAGAACAUCAGUGGACUGAAGAGGAACAGAUGGAACCAGAACCAAAAUGGAUUAAAAAAGAGGAUGAACCAGAACCUGCACUGCUCAAACAUGAGGAAAUAGAAUUUCCACUAACAUAUGUAAGAGAAGAGGAGGUAGAGUCUUCCGUGCAUCAACAUGAACUGCAGCCACCAGAACAUUUACCAACUGGACAGAACCAGAAGAACCUCUGCAGCAGUCAGGAGGGAGAGCAGCUUGUCCAGAAGCAGUUUGCUGCUUUGAUUGAGACUUCUACUCUUCAGGAAGAUGAUAUGAAUGAAGAAGAGAGAAGAACAGAGCAGCUUUCCCGUCGUAUCUCUCCAGUGGUUGAAAGCAAAGAUCAGGAAGGAAGCAGCUCCUCUGUGUCAGAGAGUCAGGCUGGUACCAGUGCAAAGAAAAGAUCUUUCAAAUGUGACAUUUGUGGGAGAUGUUACAUCCAACAGUGGAACUUGAAAAACCAUUACAAAACCCACACUGAUGAGAGACCUUUUUCAUGCGAAUCAUGUGGAAAAAGUUUCUUACAAAACGGAGAUUUAAUUACACAUAAGAGAAUCCAUACAGGAGAGAAACCUUUUUCAUGUGAAUCAUGCAGCAAAAGUUUCACACGAAUUGGUGAUUUAAGAGUUCACCAGAAAGUUCAUACAGGGGAGAGGCCUUUUUCAUGCGAAGUUUGCAGAAAACGUUUCUCACGACGUAGUACUUUAAAUGUCCACAAGAGAAUUCAUACAGGUGAGAAACCUUUUUCAUGCAAAUCAUGCGCAAAAUGUUUUUCUCAAAUUGGUCAUUUAAUUGCCCACAACAGAAUUCAUACAGGUGAGAAACCUUUUCCAUCAUGACAAUCUUGUGAAAAAAGCUUCUGUCAAAGGAAUAAUUUGAGGAUUUGCAUAAAAACACAUACAAGAUUUUGAAGCCAAACUCUUCAAAAAGUUUUCUCUGGAAUUGAUCAUUUAGAUAGAAUGAUGGAUGAGAUGUGGUUUUCACAUAAAAUAUGGAGUGAAAAAUGUCUUUCAUUAUGGUAAACUGAAUUUCCACAUGAAACAAAUAUAUAACGCGUACAUAAGAAUGAUGGAGUUGGAAUUGCCAAGUGCAGAGGUCUCCAAUGCAAUUCGUCAACAGUGAAUGUCCUGCAGGUUUUAGAUUCAUCCCUGUUCCUAAGGGCACUGCCAGGAAUUUUUGGCCCAUGCAGAGGUUGCACUAAACAUUUUUGUUAUGUCAUUUCGACAGACAACAUUUAAAGAAAAUGGUCAUGGACUAUUUUUACCCGACAACUUUUAAUCAUAGUAACAUCGGCUCCUUGGCCGCAUUUUUAUGUGAUGUGGUUAAUUUUCACCUAGUUGAAUCGUGAAUCCAAAUCUCAUCACACAUAAUGCAGAUAAUGCAUCUACCUUGUUUUCCGUAGCGACACAAACCACUGACUGAGGCUCCACUAACUUAUAAUAAAUGAAACAACUCCACUUAAAUGACCAGCUCUUCACCCUCUGGGGUCUGAACUGACAGUACCUCACAGAUUUCUCUUAGUUGCAUCUGCAGAGAAAUGCCCUAAUUUAUCAAGGGCGAUACCAUGAACGAGGAGUUGAUUCCCCCAGAGGAACUCUAAACCUUUACUCUUAUCUUAUGAAAUAUGCUUCUCAGGAUUGUAUGAAUGACUUGUAUUCAUGUGAGUGUGCAGCUGUUUUCUGCUCCCCCUUCCUUCAGGGCUGCCCACUGUCUGUUACUGGGUGGUUCCCAAUUCUAAUAAAAGCAGAAAAAGACUCAGUUGAA